AUGUUCGUUACGGACCUCCUAGCUGCACAGCUAUCGGUCUGGUUCGCUGUGGUCUUCGGGGCGAUACUGGUAGUGGCAGCUUUCAGCUCGCUGGUAUGGAGUCGGCAGGGCAAGAACGAUGCAGCACUGGUGCCUGGGUUGCCUAUUCUUGGCAAUGCGCUCGCUCUUGGCCGCCAUGGAGUCUCAUAUAUCAAUAAAUGCAGGCGGAAGUUCGGUGAUAGUUUUACAUUGAGUCUAGCUGGUGUCAAGAUGACGUUUCUGUUCGAGCCGUCGCACAUCCAUUAUUUUUUCUCAGCUCCUGAUGAAAAAGUCACGUUCAGGCCCGCCAUAGAGCAGUUCACCCAGCGAGUGUUCGGACUCACCUCCCGGGUCUUCUUCCCGCUGCACUCCAAGAUGCUGAAGGAGCUACGGGAGCUGCUGGUUCCAGCCAUGCUGACUGAUCACAUGCAGUCGUUGGGCACUCGCGCGUUGCAGCUGCUACCCAGCUACGUACACCACGACCAGGUGGACCUGUGCUCGCUGUGCCGCAGUCUGGUGUUUCACUGCGCUGUGGAGUCCGUCUUCGGCCGCCGGUUCGUGGACCACCUGCCUGAGCUCCUGGGGCUGCAGGAGGCGUCGGCAGUAGCGGCAACCGCAGUGGGCGACGAGAAAGAGGAGGGGGAGCUGAGGGGAAGACACAGCGCUACGGCUGCCGGUACGGCAGCAAUGGCAGGGCAGCAGCAGCGGCAGGGGUUCUUAAAAGCAGCCGGCGAAGCGGCGGUGGCGGCAGCGGCAGGGGAGCUGGGAGAGGCCUUAAGAGGAACUAUCGAGGGUUGGCAGCAGCAGCAACAGCAGCAGCACGGGGGCCUGCCGCCGCGGCCACCUGCGGGGGUCGAAUGGCUGGCUCGCACCUUCUUUACGUUUGAGGACCAGUUCGAGCUGGCCACCUCCCCCUUGCCCCAUGCCUUCCUGCCUGAGUUCGUCAAGUCCCGCUCUGAGCUGCUUCGUGUGUUCCUGGCGGCAGACAGGCGGGGACUGUUCCAGGGCACCCCGGCAGGGGAGAUGCUGGACAGGACGACGGGUUCAUGUGCACAGCUACGACCCAACAUGCUGCUUGCGCUGAUAUGGGCGUCCCAGGCCAAUACGAUCCCAGCCGUCUUUUGGUCGACCGCGUUUCUGCUGCUUCCCGAGAAUGCGGUUCACAAGGCCUCGGUGAUUUCGGAGCUGGAGCGGGAGCUGCAAUCCAAGGUGUUGAGCGCGGGGGGACCUGCUGCCGCAGCCACCACGGGGGGUCCUGAGGGGGCCGACAGCCGUGCAGCGGCCGUCGAGGGCUCAUCCAGCGCGGAUACAGCUAGCCCACGAGUCCAGCCUUCCAGGUCGGAGCUCGUGGCUGCUGCAACACGACUGGCGGCCAAUCGUCGUUCUGCAGUGAGCCGCUGUGUGGCUGAGGCGCUGCGCCUGCGGGUUCAGAGCAUUGACGUGCGCCAAGCGGCCGCCCCGCUGGACUUGCCCUCUCAGUCGGGGGAGGGGGCCCGGCUGCAGCUCCCGAGAGGUCGGCUGCUGGCGGUGUGUCCGUUUGAAAGUCACCACGACAAGAAGCUGUGCGGGGCAGUGGAGCGCAGCGGAGAGGCCGUGGGGAGUGACCCAUGGGUCUAUGAUCCCUGCAGGCCUGAGGUGAGGCUGGGCGACGGCAGCGCUGUGCUACCGAGCGUGGCGGGGCUGGCCUUUGGUGGCGGCCAAUAUCGCUGCCCGGGUCGUUUCUUUGCGGAACAUGAGUUGGGCUUACUGGUGCAGCUGUUGCUCUGGUCAUAUGAUAUGAGCCUCAGCUAUGGCGAUGCCGCCAGCCGCGCCCAUGGGACGGCGGAGAAGCAGGCGCCGAGCAAGCUCGCUGAGACCGUGAAGCGCGGAACGGGAUCUGCGGAUGUGAAGCGGACCCUAACAGCUUCGUCUGGGGCAUCGGAGUCUAACCCAGAUCCGCAGCUGCAAGCAGUCCAGGGGGGAAGCUUUCUGUACGCUGCUUUGGCAACCCUGCUGGGCCCGUCGGCCAUGGCAUGGGGCUUUGGCUGGUUCGAUGGGUUGGAUGGGCCGAUGCAGGAAUGGCGUGAGAGCGGCGACCCUGCGGGGCUGUUGCCGCCAUGCGACCUGCGGCGUUUGGUGGGCGUCAAGGUGCCGAGGAAGCCGUGCUGGGUGCAAUUGGGUCGGAUUGCCUGA